AUGGAGGUGAUGGUCUUUGGGGCGUUGCCUUUGGAGCUGGUCCAGCUGAAGAUCGUCCGGAACUUCCGAGGACGGUCCGAGGCGCGGCUGCAGCGGGUCUUGGAGGCCUCUCCAGAGCGAGUGGAGCCCAGGUGCCCCAUCUUUUCCACCUGCUCCGGGUGUCAGUAUCAGCGUGGGCGCCCAGAGAGCACCUGA